GCUGAACUCCAAAUAGCCUACGUCUUAGCAGCUACAUUACAUGCAGGCUGCCUCAAUCUGAAAUGUUUUUAGAGGUGUUUUGAGCCCAGGGUGCAAGGCAUGAGCUGGGGGGCGCUGUAUGCCCAGCUGGGCGGAGUGAACAAGCACUCCACCAGUCUGGGGAAGAUCUGGCUGUCGGUCCUCUUCAUCUUCCGCAUCAUGAUCCUGGUCCUGGCAGCCGAGAGCGUGUGGGGGGACGAGCAGUCCGACUUCACCUGCAACACGCAGCAGCCGGGCUGCAAGAACGUCUGCUACGACCACUUCUUCCCCGUGUCGCACAUCCGGCUGUGGUGCCUGCAGCUGAUCUUCGUCUCCACCCCGGCGCUGCUCGUGGCCAUGCACGUGGCCUACCGCAAGCGCGGGGCCAAAAAGACCAUUUUCCGCUCCGGCACUCAGGUGACCGACGACCUGGAGAGCCUACGCAAACGCCGGCUGGCCAUCGAAGGCCCGCUGUGGUGGACCUACACCUCCAGUCUGUUCUUCCGACUGAUCUUCGAAGGCUGCUUCAUGUACAUCCUCUACUUCCUCUACGACGGCUACCAGAUGCCGCGGCUGGUCAAGUGUGAGCAGUGGCCCUGCCCAAACAAGGUGGACUGCUUCAUCUCCCGGCCCACGGAGAAGACCGUCUUCACCCUCUUCAUGGUGGCGUCAUCAGCGAUCUGCAUUGUGCUGAACGUGGCCGAGCUGCUCUACCUCAUCUGCAAGGCGCUGAUGCGCUGCUCACGCCGACGACAGAACCGCCGCCAUCAUGCCAUGCCUGACAACGUGACACAGGAGCAGGCCAUGUCUCAGAACGAGAAGAAUGAGACACUGCUGGCCUCUGCAAAAGCCCAGUGAAAAGGAAACCACGUUUCCCUGGUUCAUCUGACUGCAGCUUUGCUUAAACGGGGCGACAUUGGCUCAGGCAGUAUGAGCAGUCGUCUGCCCAUUGGAGGGUUGCCAGUUCAAUUCGGCCCCGGGUGUGUCGAAGUGUCCCUGAGUAAGACACCUAACCCUCAAAUGCUCCUGACGAGCUGGUAGGUGCCUUGCAUGUCAGCCAAUUGCCAUUGGUGUGUGAGUGUGUGUAUGAAUGGGUGAAUGAGAAGAAUCAGUUGUACAGCGCUUUGGAUAAAGGCGCUAUAUAAAUGCGACCAUUGCUAUUUAAAACCACUAUGAUCCAGAAAACAAAAUGGUGGUACAAAAAAAAAUACUUUGCAAGGGAGCUCAGAACAGUCACACAGUGUCCCCUAGUGGCUAUUAAUAAUACUGCAAUAUGCUACUUACAGGAGGUACAUGCACCAGAUGCUCUGUUGCAAGUGCAAGAACAAGUGGUUUUGGUGCAUGACCAGGACCAAUUGAACCAAAGACUCAAAGUAGGACCAAUAAAUGUUAUGCCUUUCACUAUAGAUCACUAGUGAGGCAGUGUAACUUCCACAUGCUUGAGUUUACCUGAAUGGGAGCUAUGGUUUAUUUCUUACCACCAGCCCUCUCAUGGUAUAGUCUCACAAGAUGCUAUAACAUUGCAGGUAUAUAGUAUUUUGUACUGGUCAGUAUGCAACUUUUUUUACACAAUUACAAUGCAUUAGCAUGUGUUGGUUCUGCUUGAAACUUUUACAUUCAGCAGUGUGGUUCUUUACAUAGUUGAAUAAACAAAUAGAAACUGAUUAAAUCAAUAAAAAUAAAACCAAAUAGUAAGUUGAAUGUUUUCCAUUAUCAAAUCGGCAAAUGAUGGUGAAAAAUGAAGAAAGUUAUGGCAAUAUUGAAUGUACUCCAGCAUUAACCAGUGUCAUUGGCUUUAUUUUUACAAUUUAUUUAUUUUUAUGUUCUUCGCAGAAUUUUUAAGGUUAUAGUGGUUGAUGUAUUGAUGUUAUACAUUGUUAUGAAGUUGAUUGAACAUUUCGUAGGAUUCAUGAAGGGCUUUAAUAAAUUUAAUGAAUAAUAAUUUCCUAUGUAUUAAUGUAUGACAUUUCUUUUGUAUGAGAACUCAAAACGCUGAUAUAAAUGUGCAAAAUACAUGUUUCAUGACUUCAGUACUUCACUUUUAAUAAAAAAUAAAUAAACUAGAA